AUGGGUUACGCCAUCAACCCUUUGUCCUGCGUGAGCUUCGGCGGGUGCAAGUCCGGCAAGAAGAGGGCCGCGAAGAAGUCGGAACCAGCACCAGCACCGGCGCCGGCGCCGGUCGCCACGACUGAUCAAGCGACGGCGGGAAACCAGCGUGCCGCCAAGAAGCCGGAACCGGCGCCGGUCGCUGCGACUGAUCAAGCGACGGCGGGAAACCAGAGCGCCGCCAAGAAGCCGGAACCGGCGCCGGUCGCUGCGACUGAUCAAGCGACGGCGGGAAACCAGAGCGCCGCCAAGAAGCCGGAGCCGGCGCCGGUCGCCGCGACUGAUCAAGCUACGGCGGGAAACCAGAGCGCCGCCAAGAAGUCGGAACCAACACCGGCGCCGGCCGCCACGACUGAACAAGCGACGGCGGGAAACAAGAGCGCGGCCGCAGCGUCGACCGUCGUCGGCGCGAAACGAGCGAAAGCAGCGGCAGUCAAACGUCGCAAAGCGGAGGCGGCCCCGUACCGUGGCGGCUUUAUGCCGUAUCGCCCGCUUUAUAGCUACAACAUUGACCCAGUCGCCAAUUGCAUGUACUUUUGGGGGAGUGUUGGCCAGAUUAUGUGCUAA